AUGUCAUCAAACAAACCUGUUCGUCCUGAUGAAACAUCUCAUAAAAAUGCAUUAAAUGAAUUAGAUGCUAAAAUCAAUGAGGUUAAGAAGCAGUUCUCUGAACAAAAGGAAAAGCUCGGAGCAGUUCGCAGUGCUGGUUCCUUGCAAGAGAAGAACGCGGAACUUCGUUCUGAAUUAGAUCAAAUCCGCAACGCUCAAUCGUCCAUUCGUACUUCCAAGCAAGCCCUUAUUAACAAGGUGAAGGCUCAAGACGAGGCCCUAAAGAAGAAGAUAAGUGAUCUUAACGGGUUGAGAAAGACUGUUCCAUACAAGUCGGAAGCUGACCUUGAUCGUCACGUUCGUCAACUUCAAGCUGCCGUUGAUUCUGGUACUUUGAAGAUUGUUGACGAAAAGAAGUAUCUUAGAGAAAUCACUCAAUGCAAUCGCACUAGAAGAAGCUUCACUGAACUGAACACUCUUCAGGCUUCCGUUGAUACCAUGAAAAGUGAGCUCAACGAACUUCGCAACCAGCUUAAUGAUCCUGAGUCUAAAAAGUUGAGUGAAAAGUUUGUUGAGAUUCGCUCUCAACUGGACGAAGUUCGUCAAAAGCAAGACAGUUACUAUAAAGACCAACGUAAAAUGUUUAGCGAACGUGACGCCCAAAAAGCUACUUUAGAUGAGUUGUACAACCAACGCAGAGGAAUUCAAAAAGAAUUUGAUACCCAAUUACGUGCUUUCCGAACCUACGAGCGUGAACAACGAGCUAAGCGUCAGGAGCAAAUUCGGUUAGAACGCGAAGCCCGUGAGAAGGAAAAGAAGCAAGUUGUCGCUCAACGUAAACUUGAAGAAGCUAGUAUCCCUGCAUUCACCGAGGAAAUUCUUGCUUGUGAAAACUUGCUCAAGAUGUUCAAUGUUCCUGUUGAAUCUUCUCAACCAUCUGGUGAAAGUCCCAAGCAAACUUCUGGCAAUAACAUGCGUCCUCGUACCCUUGCCCCUCGUAACGUCGAUCCUAUUCCCGAGGGAACUGUUUUGAAGAAGGACAAAUCUGACGAUGAUGCUCUCUUUUCCGGUCUCAAGAAAUCCAAGCCCAAGAAAUCCAACAAAAAUAAUAGUAACAACCAUGCAGAUUCUGAUAGACUCAAUCUUUCAUUGGGAACCAUUAAGGAAUUUGACUUCGUUGGUGUCGAAGCUCCUUUGACCAAGACUCAAGUUGAGUCUGCCAUUGAACAACUCAAGUCACGUAUUGCUGAAUUGAAAGGAAAGCAAGAUUCUGCUACUAAGGAACGCAUUGAGAAGGCUAAGAAGGAACUCGAAAAAAUUGAAGCUAGCUUCACUCCCAAACCCGAAUCAGAAGCUACCCCAGUCGUUGAACAAGAAGCUGCCUAA